GAUCCAAUUUUCUGCGCGAUCUCUCCUUCCCUCCCUUCUUCCCCCUCUCUCUCUUCUUUCUCUCUCUCCAUUCAUCCCCUCUCUGUGCUAGGGCACGAGGCUUCCGGCAUCGGAGAGUCAUCGACGUCCUCCGGAACAGCGAAUUGAGGGAAGAGAGUCGAACUCCUCGUCGUUCCUUUCAUCUUCUCUCCUCUGCCGCUCUUCGAUAAUCUCGUUUCUUUUUGGGUUGUUUGCGGACGGGGACGACCAGUUUGAACACUGGUACGGGGUCGCUCUUCCCUCUCUUUUCUUCAUUGAUUGUCCGAUUCAUUGUUAGGGCUUUCUUCAUCUUCUUCGAGCGGGCAACAUUCCUGCGUUUAGUGCAAGAGAUCCUUCUUCUAGGGUUCCCGCGGGUGGUGGAUGUUCUAGGGCUGGGAGUUAGGGUUAGGGGUUUUCUACUUAUCUGCUUCGUGGUGACAGACGUGGUCGCUUAUGUGUUUAUUUGGUGGGAAUACGCUAGUUGCGGUGUGUAAUUGAGUGAAUUGAUUGCGUAGCGUGAGGCUGAAUCUCAGGGGACCGUGACUAGGCACUGUAAUGGAAUGGGGCUAGUGGUGGAGCUCAAAGAAUUUGCUGCAUGGAAGGUGCAGGAGCCAUUCUGUGGCGUGUUGGUUAGUUCGUGGUUUUAGUUGCGAGCAGAUUGCAAGCUGAAGAGUUGCACUAGCCGUUGCCAGAGCGUGCGAGUGCUCGUCUUCGGCUGCAUUCAACUGAGGGAGGUGCUGCCAUUGGGUCUGUCUACGUCCGAAUUUUCAGAUUGCAGGUUGCAUGCUGUAAGCGAGAAGAGUAAACGUUGCCUUGUACGAACUCAACUAUCGUGUACAGCUAAACUUCAGUUGCAGUGUACAGCAGACUUACGGGUUUUUCUCUUUCUGUCUCUCGGGUUUUAUGACAUUGUACGUGUAAAUGGUCCAUCUAGAAUGCGAUAAUUUGGAUGGCCAAGCGACGACAAUUUGACUCAAAAGCGCCAGGGAUGAACUAGGGUCUCCAUGGGAGGAGGCGGAGAAAACGGAGUAACCGUUGACAUCAAAGCGUCUCCACGGCGUGCUGCCAUUGAGAAGACUCAGGCCGAGCUAAGGCAGGAAUAUGAUGUCCGUGAAGAGCGAAGAAGGGAACUGGAGUUUCUUGAGAAGGGUGGUAAUCCGUUGGAUUUCAAAUUCGGGCCUGUAGCUGCUGUCAGUUUGCAGUCAACUUCGCUUACCGAUCAACCAGCUGAGAAUUAUUUGACAAGUGAAGCAAAGGGUAGCUUCGCUGUGGUGGCCUCGCCAAAUGGAGACUCGGCAGAGAGCAGUGGGAGACCGGGGACUUGUGUUGGUAGGGAGCCGCAUACUGCUGACAACCUUUUGUUUUUCGAUGGGGAGAAUGAUGUCCUGAUCGGUGAGAGGAAUGGUGUACGUUCUACCAAAAGGGGCAAGCUUCCAGUCACAGAGCAGUAUUCUCAGACCGGCUCAGGCCGUGAUGCAAAGGAAACCGAUGAUUUAUUAGUUGUUCGUCUUGGCAUGAAAAGGCAAGCAUAUGCUCGGAGAAACAGGUCGAGGUCUAGCCGUGAUAUAGCUCGGGCAUCCUCUGCUGACUUGGUAAACUGUACUGCAAAUGGAAAUUCAUCUUUAGCAGCAGGCCAAGAUGCAAAGGAUGAAAAAUCACCUAAGGGUGAGCUGCUGAAGGACAAGGACAAUAAUGCUGGUUCUGUUAGCAAUCCAAAGCCUUCAAACAGGAACAUCAAUGGAUUUGCUGAAAAUCCCGCCCCAAGUGGUAGUUUGGGCAUGGCAAUUGACAAAAUACAGAAUCAGGAGGUUCCUGUCCUUCCAGCUAAUGUGAGUCCAGAAGAGAUAACAAGCAUUUUAGACUCGGAAAAGUCUCCUGAACACGAGGUAUUUCAUGAUUCCCAGGAAGCGUUUCCUGAGAAAGAAACUGAUGCAAUGGGUUCUACUUCCUUCUCAGUUGGUGAAGGGAAAGAGGGAUCAUUCCCUCAGAUCGUUGAUGUAAAUACCACUUCUCCUGUUGGCAAAGCAGAAGUUGCGAUUGUUUGUGAAGGACCUGCUGUUUCACUUGUGGAUGAAGAUGGCAGGGUAAAUGAAGAGAAACAACCUACCAAUUUGGUUAUUGACACUGAAAAAUCCUCAGCAGUAGAAGGGGACAUUGAUUCUAAUCCUGUUGUGGAAAAGCAACCUACGAUGCCCGAAGGUUCUGUAAUGGCAACAAAUUCUGACAAUCACAAGGAAGGUCCCAAGCAUGAUCAGGCUGACCCAAGUGAGAAAAAUAUUCAUUCUGUUCAGGAAGAUCAUAUGGAAAUUGAUGUUCAACUUAAAGUUGAAGAGGAAGUUUGCGAUAGUGGAACAGGUGUGCAGAGCAGCGAGAAACCUGUCAGUGAUGAAGAUGCAGGGAAAGCAGAUGGUCUUCCUGGCAAAGAUGUUGAAACACUUAAUCGUCACCAUAACGACAGUCCCAUCUCAAGAAAGGAAAGCUUGAAUCCUGAGGUCACUCUUCCUACUUCUGUCCCUUCCAGUUGUCCACCACCUGAGAAUAUCACCAUUGAGGAGUGUUCAGGAGCUGAUGUAGUGCUUGAUGGUGGAACCAAGAAAAAAGAGCUGGAAGGCAUUGUGCAUCAAAAUGUAGUUUCUCAGGAGGUCCAACCAAUCAAGGCUGCAUUGAAGGAAUCUAGGGGGUUAUCAAAUGACUUUACCUUUCUAGUGGGAAGAAGAAAGUCACACUGGGAUUUUGUUCUUGAGGAAAUGGCAUGGCUAGCGAAUGACUUCAUACAGGAACGCAUCUGGAAAAUAGCUGACUUGUUUGAAUUCAUUGAGCAGGAACGCAUCUGGAAAAUAGCUGCUGCAGCCCAAGUUUGUCGUUGGGUUGCUUCUAGAGAUUCUACUGUUAAACAGUGGAGAAAGUUGGCUCGGUCAAUGGUCAUUGCUGUCAUGGAUUUUUGGCAAUCGGCUAAAGAAGUACUCAGGGAUGAAAGAUCACUUAGCACCUUAUGCGAACAAAGUGAUGCGUCCAUUAGUGGAUCAUGCAAUAAUGGUUUCAGCUUGACUAAUGAACGCUGUACGGAAGGAGAAAAGUUUGCUCAGGAACACUCAAGGCACCCUGACUCAAAUUACUCUGAAAGAAAAUCACGACUUCCUGUUUUUGGCUAUGCGGUAAGAUUUUUGAAGUAUGACCAACAAAAUAGUCCCACUUGUCCAGCUGAAAUGUCAGCAACUCCUGAGAGCAUGGAUAUGGGAACAAUAGGAUCUCCAUUAGAAGAUCAGUUUUCGGAGGUAAACCUUUUUUACACGGUUCCACCUUUUGCUAUGGGUGCUUAUCGAAAGUCCGUUGAAUCUCUUUGGUUGUCAAAUGAGAAACUGGAUGCUGCUGUUAAUCGUGAGGACUGUGAUGCGUUUUCACUGGUUGACCCUGCAGCAGUCCAAGGGACUGCGUAUGAAGAAGAUGACUGUGAAACAAGGAGCAGGUACUUCCCUGGUGCUUUUGAGGGUAGAAAGCCAUCAAAGUUCACUUCAAAGAAAAGGAAAAAUUUUUCGAAGUCGCACUUUUCAAGGGCACAUGAAGCAAAACCAGUUUCCAGUAUGGCUUUUGGGAAUUGUGUGGAUGUCAGAUUUGAGACUCAGCAAACACUAAUUACUGGGAAACGGGACUCUAGCAGUCUGAAUGUGGGUUCCAUCCCAACAAAGCGCGUUCGUACGGCAGCAAGGCAACGUGUUGUGAGCCCAUCCGCUGGGGCUGUAGGGGGGAUGCAUGUGAUGAACAAGAAUGAUGUUUCAAGUGGUGAUACAAGUUCGUUCCAAGAUGAACUUAGUUCGUUUCAGGUGAGUUCUCAGCCUAAGAAAAGUAUUGAAGUGGAAUCAACAGGCGAAUUUGUAAAGCAAUUGCCUUUGGAAACCACGGAGGUUUCAACAAAAUCUAAAAAGAAGAAGACAAAGCCUAUGGGUUAUAGGACCUUUCUGUCUUCAGCUGAACCUGCAGGAUUCGGUGCUUCAGGAAAAGGUUCUGAGUAUGAACAGAGGUGGCAGUCUGAUCAAGUUAUCCAGAAUGAGCAGAAGGAUCAAUUUAAGAAGAGAGUGGAUGGUCUCUAUUCAGAAGCCAAUGGAAAUCCUAAUUUGCAUGGGCAGCAUGCUGCAAAGCGACCAAAAAUCUCAAAACAGUUGACUGAUACUUCUCCAGAGGCUGCAACUCCAUUGACUGGUUCCAUACCCUCUCCUGCUGCUUCACAAAUGAGUAAUAUUGCUAACCCAAAUAAGCUGAUGAGGAUGAUUGCUAACCGUGAUCGGGGCAGAAAAAACAAAGUGCUUAAGAUAUCUGCAGGGCAGACUGGAGAUGGGAUGCCUUGGACGCUUUUUGAAGAUCAGGCACUUGUUGUACUUGUGCACGACAUGGGUCCAAACUGGGAACUAGUAACUGAUGCUAUAAAUAGUACAUUACAGUGCAAGUGUAUAUUCCGGAAACCUAAGGAAUGUAAGGAGCGGCACAAGGCCUUAAUGGAUAAGAACAAUGGGGAUGGUGCUGAUAGUGCAGAGGAUUCUGGAUCUUCCCAGCCAUAUCCAUCUACCUUACCUGGAAUCCCCAAGGGUAGUGCGAGACAGUUGUUUAAACGGUUGCAGGAACCAAUGGAAGACGAAAUACUAAAGAGUCAUUUUGAGAAAAUCAUUAUGAUUGGACAAAAGCAGCAUUCUAAUAAAACGAAGUCAGACAAUCAAGAACAGAAACAGCGCACUCCGAUUCACUCAUCACACGCUGUUGCCCUUUCCCAGGCUUGCACCACAAACAUGAAUGGAGCUCCGAUGACACCGCUUGAUUUUUGUGAUGCAAUCACAUCAAGCCCCGAUACAGUCUCGUCUGGCUACCAUGCUUCUCAUUCCACUGGUUUAGCAUUAUCCAGUCAUCAAGGUCCUGUCACUCCCAUGCAAUCAACCUCUAUGGGCCACAUUCUGCAGGGAGCUGGGGGUGUUGUCCUUGGUAAUACUGUUCCACCACCAUUGGGGCCACUUAGCCAAACUGGAAGGGAUGUUCAGAGAUAUGCGGUGCCAAAGCCAAUGGGUCUUCCUUUGGAUGAUCAUAGAAUACAACAGUUUAAUCAAAUGAUUUCCAACAGGAACAUUCAGCAAUCAGGUUUGCCUGUUAAUCAGGGCUUACAGGCUGGUGGUGAACGUGUUCGUAUGAUGCCUGGUGGAAAUGGUGUAGGAAUAAUGCCUGGUGUGAGCAGAGGCAUGCCGAUGCCGAGGCCAGGCUAUCAGGGAAUGGGUUCACCAGGAAUGCUAGGCAUGGUGUCUUCAGGAACAAGCGGUAUGCUUGCCUCUGGCAAUGUGGGUGUGCCAAAUCCUGUGAAUAUGUACCCAGGAGUUGUGUCUCCUCAUGGAAAUUCAGUUUCAAGGUCACGUGAAUCUCUUCAGAUGAUGCGGCCUGCUCCACCUCCGGAGGAGCAAAGGCAGAUGCUAAUGCAAGAGCUUCAACUUCAAGUUUCUCAAGGAAGUGGGCAGGGCAUGGCUCCUUUCAAUGGUUUGAGCACACCUUUUUCAAAUCAGAUGGUCUCUUCACCAGUUCAGGCGUUUCCUGUUCAGCAUCCUCAGGCCCAUCAGGUUCCACAACAGUCACAUGGUAUUAAUCAUUCUCAGAUGCAGAACCCAGGUGGCAACGCACAACAGCAAGCAUAUAUGUACCGUUUAACUAAAGAUAGGUCCUACCAGCAAAGGUUUUUACAGCAGCAGCAGCAGCAACAACAGCAUCACCAUCAGCAUUUUGCUCCAAAUAUGUCACUUCCCCAUGCACAACCACAACAUUCUGUGUCAUCGCUUCAAAAUGGGCCCACUCAGCAGCAUCAUCAGCAACAGCAGCAACAACUACAGCAGCAGCAGCAGCAACAUCAUCAGCAGCAACAACAUCAGCAGCAACAACAUUCUUUACAUGUCAACCAGCAGUCUGCUGCUGGCCAAGCAAUUGCAGUUCCCCCUGGUAUCCAGCAAACUGUCAAUUCAGCCUCUUUGCCCAUGAAUUCGGUCCCACUGCAAGGCACCCAGAAGCAACAUGUGGUUCUACCUCAUGCUACUUCUGGUCCAAAUCCUCAAGCUGGUGGACUUGGAAUGCCAAAUCAGGUGAAACAGCGACAAAGACAACAAUUGCAGCAGCAGCAUAGACAGCAGGGUCAAGGUCAGCAGCCUAGGCAGCAGUCACAAGCACAGCAGGCUAAACUUUCGAAGGGAUUAGGUAGGGGUAGUGUUGUGCCGUCACCUCCGGUUGAUGGGUCUUACCCCAGUGGUGGUGCUACAGGGAAUCAGGUGGCUGACAAAGGGGAACUUGUGCACAUGAUGCACGGACAGCGGUUAAUGCCAGGUGCGGCUUCAAACCAGGCUCAUGCUGGUAAGCAAAUGAUGCUUAGUGGCACGGCUGGAUACCAAAACCAGGCAAAUAUGCAUCUUUCGCAGACAUCAGGAGCUCAGUCCCAGCAUCAGAAGGUGUAUCCACGCUCAGUUCCUCCAUCUAGGCAACCAUCACUCUCAUCCCUUCCAGAAGGCACCAAUUCAGCCGCCCAAGGCCAUACUUCUGGCCCGCAUAAUCAUAACUUGUCUUCUUCACAACACAUGGCAGUUGCUUCCCAGCAACCAGCUAAUUCUACUUCUGUUCCUGUGUCCGCCAAUUCUCCGCCAGUUUCAUCUCCUCCUCUGCAGCAGCAGCAGCCACAACAACAGCAGCAGAAGCAGCAACAGCCACAGCAGCAGCAGGUGCAUCAACAGGAGCAGCAGCAACAGCAUCAACAGAGGCCCUUGAUUCAUACCCAACAGCCUAUUCAGAGAAGGCUGCAGAAUCGCCAAAUAACCUCUGAGACUGUGACACAACCUAUGGAUCGGUCGGCCUCACAGACAGCAAACAACCAAUAUGAAACAGGCCCAAGUACAGUUAGUCCGUUGUGUACAGAUUCUGCUCCUGUUGCCUUGGCAGGUUCGUCUGUCAGCAUUCCUCCAACUCAGUGGAUGCCAGAACAGUCUUAUGAGCCUAAUACUCCUACCUCAACCGCUCACAUGGCAACAAUGAGUACUCCCCCCCAGGCAAACUCCAUGGGGGCGGAAAUGCUCCCUCCCUCAGGCAGCUCUGCGCUGCCACAAAGGCAGUAUUCAGGUGGGGUUACAAUCCAUGGACACAAUGCUGGUGGUCAGUGGCCGCAGCAGCCACAGCAAUCGCCACCGCCUGCCCCCAGCAGGUUAGGCCUGCAGCUCAAGGUGCACAGCAACACCCUGGUAGUAUAGGUCUUUAUGGCAGCCUUCCGAGUUCUGGACCCCCUUGAGGAAGCUUCAGUUAAGAAGAGCUUCUGGCAGCCUAUAUUAACCGCUGUACAGGCUUCGGCUAGGCGUGCCUAUGUAUCAGUAAUGUACAGGUUAUCGAAUUCUGUUCAUGAUUGAUUAUACGGGUGGCUGGCACAUGGGUUGGCUUGUAAAUGGCGAAAAAGGGAUCAUCUGUGGAGGUCCUGCAGUCCAAAUCUGGUUGGAGCACCCGUGGUGGUGAAGCCUGUUAAUGGAGGUGGCGAGCCUGCACCCGUAUCUGAAACCAGUGAGAGGUGUGGCUUCUGGUCCAGGCAACACCUGCUCUAUCAUUAUUAACGGCACGACUUAUUCAUUCUUUGUAUGCUAAUCGAGCCUUUUUGUAGAGUUUUGUACAGGGGACAAGCAUCCCAUUAUUAAUAUCUGUAUUGAAGUUCA